AUGUCGAUAGCCAGCGCUCGUCGUAUCAUGAUUGCUUUAACGGAGGUUGGUCGAGCAAGAGAGAAUAUCCUACAGCGAAUUGAAGCUGCUAAAUUGCGUCGAUCUGCUGAAUUACCUAAUAUAGAGCCUCGUUUAGUUGCCGUCAGCAAAACAAAGCCUGUUAAUCUUAUAAUUGAUGCAUUUGAAAGUGGUCAAACUCAUUUUGGUGAAAACUAUGUUCAAGAGUUAGAGCGUAAAGCGAACGACGAAGAGCUUUUGAAAGCAACCAAAGGACAAAUCAAGUGGCAUUUUAUCGGCCAUUUACAAAGUAACAAAUGUAAAAAGCUUGCCGCUAUUCCGAAUCUGGAUACGGUAGAAACAGUUGAUUCAAAGAAAUUGGCAGAUUGUUUAAAUAAGGCUUGGGAAAGUGCUGGAAAGUUGGAACAACUUAACAUCAUGGUGCAAGUAAAUACUAGCCAAGAAGAAAAUAAAAGUGGAUGUCCGCCAGAUGAUUGUGUAACAAUCGUUGAUCAUGUAUUGAAACGAUGUAAAAAGUUAAAUUUUGUUGGCCUUAUGACUAUUGGACAAUUAGGCCGUCAUGAUGCGGAUAGCAACCCGGACUUCAGAUUAUUAAGCGAGUGUCGGAAGACUGUAUCUGAUAAAAUGGGUAUCCCCAUUGAUGCUUUGGAGCUAAGCAUGGGGAUGUCGCAAGACUUUGAACACGCGAUUGAAAUGGGUAGUACCAGCGUAAGAGUAGGAAGUGCUAUUUUUGGAAGUCGUCCGUAA